AUGGAUGGAAAAGUCCAGAGGAGAGUUGCAGAUUCCGAAGACCCACAAUCCAAUAAACCUCGAAGCUUCGCACCAUAUCCGAAUCUCUCCCUCAACAUUGGCAUCAAAAAGGUUCCUUCCAAGGUGCUGUGGGCGGUUGCCACGGUUGGGGUAUGGGCACAGUUGAGCUUCUUCGGUUUUGCGACAUGGAUUACCUUUUACAAACCUGACUCUAAUGAGAAUGAUAACCCUCCCAAAGUCUGGUCAUUUCUGUUAGCAAUAUCUGGGACAGCACUUCUUGUGGUUCGUAUGACGAUUUGUGCCUUUUUAAUUGAAAGAAACUCGAUGGAAAGAAGAUUUGAAUAGGACCAAUCAAAGUUUCGAACCCUAUGGAUUUCACCAUAAUUUGCUGAUUUAAUGAUUAGGACAUGGCACCCACAAGAUUCUUCUGGCUACAGCCAGGUCGUCAGCGUGCUGGUGAUCAGCUUUUCAAUGCCUUCUCCUAUUCCGAGCUCAAGCAGAAUUUCGUGACCUCUUGGAAAGCCGAUCAUAGUAAACAACCCAGUUUCAUAUCGAGGCACAUAAUAUUGGUGCUAUGGAUAGCAGUUGUAUCGUCAAGCGUGGGUUUUAUCUGCCAGUUUGUGGGUUUCCGCAAUUUACAUGGGUCAAUUGCAUUGUAUCAAUUGGUAAUUACACUGAUGAUGGCGAUUCUGCGAAGCUUUCUCCGCUAUGGACGUCUCAAUAGGGAUAGUAAUAGAUUGGAAGCUCUCGGAAUGAGAGUUGAGGAACACGAGCUCGAUUGGCGCAGGCAUUGGAAAUUGAACAUGCCUUGA